GAGGUUUUUUUUUGUGUCCUCCUCCUCCUCCUCCACCACGCCUCUCUCUCUCUCUCUCUCUCUCUCUCUCUCUCUCUCUCUCUUAGGGUUUCGACGAGCCCUAGCGCGAGCACUCUCUCUCUCUCUCUCUCUCUCUCGUUCGAUCGAUCGAGCCAUGGCGGAGGCCGUGUCGUGCGUCGCGGAGGCGGAGGAGGCGGCGCGGAUGAUCUGCGCGCUGCGGUUCGCCGACCUCGGCGGGAGGCCCCCGGCGUGGCGCAAGCCCCUCCCGGACCCGGAUCCGCCCCCGGAGGCCCUCGACGCCGCAGCGGCGGCGGCGGCGGCGGCGGCGGCGGCGACGCCGCCGCGGGAGGGCGGGGCCGGCGCGGCCGUGAGCGGCGGGGCGACGCCGGUGCACCCGGCGUCGAACGCGUGGUCCAGCCGUGGCCCCGCGCCGCGCGGGGGAAGCGCUCGCGGAGCGUCGUCGGCGGAGGCGGCCGCGCGGGUGAAGCGGAUGCGCGCGAGCCCCGCGUCGCCCCUCGACUACAGCGGCGGCUCCGCCGCGUCCACUAGCGGCGGCGGCGGCGCUGGCGCCGACGAGGGUUCCACGUCGUCGGCGGAUGGACGCGUCGGCCCCACCACCGCAACCAACAACAAGGUGGGGAUGAUCGGGCGGCAGCCGUUGAUUCGAAGAUUCCAGACGCCGCCGGCGAAAAACCCGCGGCCGGGGAAGAAGAAGGCGCUCCCCGAUCUGCAGAAGGAGGUGAGAUCUCUGGUCGAAGAGAACGAGAUGCUUCGGAAGGAGGCUGAGGAUUUGCACAGAGCCUGCGCCGCAGCGUCGGCAGAGAACCGUACGCUACAGCUGAGGUUAGACCAGCGGAACACACCUAUCAGAAGCGAUUCGCCGGCGCCCCGAGCGAAGCAGGAGCCGGAUGCUCCGCCCCGCGCUGCUCCGCCCCCUCUCGUACAAUGCGACGACGGCGAAGGAGGCGGCUUCAGAAUACCUGAUCUCAAUCUCCCCGCAUCCGACGAUCUCUAACCGACGCUGCUGCGAUCCUUCGCUGACCCUUUUCUGAUCCUUACGAAGUAAAAAAAAACAAACGAAAUAACCCCAACAUCCAAGUGUACAUAGAAAAAAGGCGGGCCGCGGAGAUCAUCAAAGAGCAAUGAAUGUUGUUGCAGUUGCUGCUGUUGUUUAACGAAAAUUAAAAAGAAAACGGAGAAAAUCAAGGACGGCUCUGAAUCGUUGAUAUUCUGAUUAACGCUUAAUUAGUCAUUUACUAAUAGUUGUAUUUGUACAUCUUAUCCCAUGCUCAAUUCUUUAACCUGGGCGCAUGAAUUGUAAUUAUUUUUUAUCGUUGACACGGAUUCGUAAGCAUGAUGUGGGAUUGUUAUGAAUUAAAUGAAAAAUAGAUGAGUGUGUAGGCUGGCUCUAUUAAUUUC